AUGCGAACAAUCGCAUCUCUGGCUGCGAUCAGCCUUGCCUUUGCUGGCAUCUCGGCGAGUGAAGUCCAUGACCUAAAGAAAGAUAACUUCAAAGACUUCAUCUCCCAACAUGAUCUGGUACUAGCCGAGUUCUUUGCCCCUUGGUGUGGCCACUGCAAAGCUCUGGCACCUGAGUAUGAAGAGGCCGCAGCCACGCUGAAAGAGAAGAACAUCCCUCUUGUGAAAGUCGACUGCACGGCUGAGGGCGAUCUGUGCAAGGACUAUGGUGUCGAGGGCUAUCCUACCGUCAAGGUCUUCCGGGGCCUUGAUAACAUCAAGCCAUACCCAGGCGCUAGGAAGGCUCCUGCCAUUGUCUCAUACAUGACCAAGCAGCAACUCCCUGCUGUCUCCCUGCUCACCCCUGAUACUCUCGAAGAAUUCAAGACUACAGACAAAGUCGUCGUGGUAGCGUACAUUUCAGCCGACGAUAAAGCCUCCAACCAGACCUUCACUUCGCUCGCUGAUUCGUUACGGGAUGACUACCUCUUCGGUGCCUCCAAUGAUGCCGCACUUGCCAAGGCAGAAGGCGUCAAGCAACCCGCUGUUGUGCUCUAUAAGGACUUCGACGAGGGGAAAAACACAUUCACAGAGUCGUUCGAUGAGGACGCUAUCUCGAAGUUCAUCAAGACCGCCUCGACUCCCUUGGUCGGUGAAGUUGGUCCAGAAACCUAUGCUGGCUACAUGGGUGCUGGAAUUCCUCUCGCGUACAUCUUUGCUGAAACCCCCGAAGAACGAUCCUCCCUGGCGGACGCUCUUAGGCCUGUCGCUGAGAAAUACAAGGGCGCCAUUAAUUUCGCAACCAUCGAUGCUAAGGCCUUUGGCGCUCAUGCUGGCAACUUGAACCUGCCUACAGACAAAUUCCCUUCCUUUGCAAUUCAAGAGACGGUGAAAAACGAGAAAUAUCCCUUCACGGGCAAUGACCUCACUGAGAAGAAGAUUGGUGCUUUCGUCAAGGACUUUGUUGCCGGCAAGCUCGAACCAAGCAUCAAAUCAGAGCCCGUUCCAGAGAAACAGGAGGGGCCUGUCACAGUUGUUGUCGCCCAUUCUUACAAGGAAAUUGUUCUCGAUGACGCCAAGGACGUAUUGAUCGAGUUCUACGCUCCUUGGUGUGGACACUGCAAAGCUCUCGCUCCAACGUAUGAAAAGCUAGCAGAGCUCUACUCCUCAAGCGAUCUUUCCUCUAAAGUCACCGUGGCCAAGAUUGAUGCCACCUUGAACGACGUUCCCGAUGAGAUCGCUGGCUUUCCCACCAUCAAGCUGUACCCUGCUGGCGCCAAGGACUCUCCUGUCGAAUACUCGGGCUCCCGCACCAUGGAAGACCUUGCUGCUUUCGUCCGCGACAAUGGUAAGCACGGCAUUGAUGGUAUUGCCCUCUCGAAGAAGGACGAGGAUGUGGAUAUGGAAGAUGUUUCAUCUGCUGCCAGCGACACCAUGGCGAAAGCUGCUCCUGCAGCAACGACCGUUGCUGAAGAAGUCUCGUCGGGCGCGGCCGAUGCUGUUAAGAGUGCAGUCAGUGAGGCUACAGAGGCAGCCAAGACGAUGCUCGCAGAUACCGAUGAGGGUGGCGUCCAGGAGCAUGAUGAGCUGUAA